CAUUUAGAAAUUUUGUUAUUAAUAUAUUCAAAUUUAUAAAAAAAAGCAAACAAAAAAAGUUAUAAUCUUCAUUGUUAUGUCAAGUGAUUGCUGUAAAGAGCUAAAGAUUUUUCUUGAUAAUGUUGAAAAUGAGCCUGAAGCGCAAAAAAAGAAUAUUUAUGAACUUGCUAAGGCUGUAAAUUCUACUUCAAGGCAAUGUACCUGUUUAAUUCAUAAUCCUGCUCUUAUUUUGCCUCUGGAGUGUAUAUUAAAAGAUUUCUACCAAUUAUUUGUUACUUUUAUUAACAAUUAUAGUCAAAACUGUGGUGUUGAAAAUCAGAGUUCAGUUGAGCAAAUUAUUCAAGCAAUUAGUAAAAGUUUUCAAAUAAAUUUCCCGUUAUAUCCAGCCUAUGAAAGUGUAAAAAACAAUUUUGAGGUAAAGGUAGAAGAAAAAGAAGCCAUUCAAGUAUAUUGUGACAGUGAAGAAAAUUCAAAUAUAUCGGAGCUUUUAUAUCAAAAUGUUGCAUAUUUUUGUCAUUUGGGUGGUGUUGAAGCUGUGACUCAGUUAUUUGCUUCAGAAAAAUCAUUGCCAUUGUGUUUAGCCAGCAGUUUAAUAUGCAUUAUUGCUCAGUUAAGAGGAUAUCUUCACGAAGAAGCUACUUCAAAACUUAUAAAGCCAUUAUCUAUUUUAGUAACAAAGUAUUUACAAAAAAUGUGCGAAGAUGACCUACGAUUACCCAGUGCCAGAUCAAUGGCAGAAAUGAUGAUAAAUUCAGUGAAAGUACAAGAUAGUAAUCAUCCAACAAAUGACAUAGAUUUGCUUAAUAUUUCAUUCAAGUAUUUCAUGUCUAGCACAUUGGCUGUUCGCAUGGCUGGACUUAAUCUGAUGACAAAUCAAAUCCACAAUCUAAUUGAUCUUAGCCAAAAUCAAGUGUCUCCUGAUAGUAUUGACAGUUUAUGUACAGAAAUGGCUGACUGGUUAAACCAAAAUGAAAUGGUUGAACAUUUAUUUGGACCAAACUAUCAUGUUGAAUUAAUAAAGCAAUCACAAUUCCUGUUGAGUUUUUUGGCACAAGAGAGGCAAUUACAUUCUAAACAUAUAGAUUGCCUUUGGGCUGCUGCACAAGUAAAGCACAUUAGUCGAUAUGUUCUGGAGCUUUUGAUAAUGUUAGCAAAAGUGAUGGAUGUUAUUUCUGUCCAGUAUUUACUACAUCAAAUUGCUCAACUUUCAGUUAACAGUCAUACAAAACAGACUCUGCUACUGUCAUCAUUACUAAUACGAAGUAUAUGGACAGCAGGGUUAACUGGGGCAAAUCUUAUAAUCAACAGCCCAAUAAAAUUAACAAGCAAAAAUUCAUUUGCUUCACCACCUUUAUUUAAAGAAUUGCAAGUGAGUCCUAUUCAAAGUCCCAGUUUAAGUAGCAGUGUUAGUACAGAUGAAGAAAUAUCAGAUAUACAUGGUGGAAGAUUCAUGGAAUCUCAGCUAAGAAAUUUAGAAAUUCGAGUUCUUGACCAGAAUCUACGUUCACAAGUUAUAACUCCUUUGUUGGAGCUUUCUCCUUCUGCUAGUGAAGGCAUUGAUAAUCAGUUACUAAGUAGACAAGUUAGUAAUGAUCUUGAAAAAUGUGAUGAUACAGUAAGCUCUACACAAACUAAUGGCAGUUUGACUGAUCAAAAUCAAGACAUUCUAGAUGAUUUAGAUGAUGAUGUAUCAAUGUGCUCUGUAAGCAACACUCCUGUCAAAUUGGAUAAUCAGUUAAAUAUAAACUUUAAGGUUGAAAGCUUAUGUGAGCCUGGAAACACACUAUUAUGGGAUCUAAUUCAGGAACCUAAUUGUAAUAAUAUGUCAGAUGGUUUGUUAGAAGAAGCACAGAAGUUGUUAUGGCAAUUAAUUUGUUAUUCCGGAAACAAAAAAGUUAGGAUGGUUUUUAUAGAAGGUUGUUUGGAAAAUAUAAAAAAAAAUCAGUCAGUUAUGGUAUCAUUUAAGAUUUUGCCAAAAAUACUUAGUGUGUAUCCACAUAAAACUUCUGAGUCAUCUUCAUUACUUUCAUGGGCAAUUAAAGACCUUCAAUUAAUGAAUACUUUUUUUAACAAUUUAUUGGUAUUUGUUCAAAUAUUAAAAGAAGUUGAAAAUAGUGCAACAGAUCAAAAAGAUUCUAUUGAAGAGUCAAUUCAAGCAAGAUUAGAAUUUUUAGCUGCUAUCUAUUCUAAUGAUAUAACUCCAGAUCAUUUUCGAUUAUCAAUAUCACAAGUAGAUUGUUUGUGGAAUUGUUUAGUUACUCAACUACCGCAUAAUUACCAUUUUCUAACUUUAAGUUGGCUUCUCAAACAAACUGACAAUGAAGAUUUGCAUGCUUUAGGUCUUGAUGCAUUUAAACACAUCUUUGUAAACAAGCUGUCAGAGUUAAAUGCAGAAAAGAUGACAUUGAUUGGUUUAAGUCUGUUUCAAAAGUUAUUUGGACUGACCAGAUUGUCUAAUGCGACUCCAUUUGUAAAUAAAGAGAGUGAUACAGAAGAAUAUGUUCUUGGUACGCAACAAUUGUGGAAUAUUGCAUUGAAAGCUGAUUGUCUAAAAGUUUCAAAUGAAGCAAUGAAUGUCCUGAAUCAUUUAUAUCUUACUGUAGGCGAAAAUUCAGUACAAAAAGAAGAAGAGUUUAUUCAGAAUUGCAUGACAGUUUUAAGAGAAGGUGUUAAUACUAUUGAAAAGAAUUAUUUACAAUCUUUAAAAUCAAUUCAGCAAGUGUUAAAGAUUCUCAAAAAUCAUUUGCAAGCAUACAUUAAAAGACUUGCAUUUCAUUUGGAAUUGUGGAGUUUAACUGGCAGAAAUGUUGCAAGCCAUCAAAAUGUAAAAAAAGUCAGCAGUAAAGAUGUUCCUUUGAGAAUUGUAUGUCAACCAACAGGUGUCAUAGAUAAGAUAACAUUCAAAAUGAUGUCAUGUGACCUUCUUGCUACUCUUCGUGCUCGUAUUACACAUUGGUGUAUAGGUGUUCAAGAAAGGAAAAAGCCAAAUGACAACUCCACUGAAUUAAAACCACCUUUUAGACUUAUAUCACAUGGUCAUGAGCUAACCCAUGAUUUAGACAUGAAGACUUUAAGUGAAAUAGGAAUUCGAGAUCAGCAAUUGGUAUAUAUUUCUAUCAUGAAUAUGCAAAAAGAAGGAAUGUUAAACUCAGUGCAACUUCCAUACUCCUUGCAAAAUCCUCCUAAUUUUGAGUCAGUACCAAUGAUACAAUUACUUAGAGAAAAGAAUUUUUUCGAACUAUUUAAUUUGCUUGAUGUUUUAUACAAAGUAAGCAAUUCUGAGAGUUAUCAAAAAGUUUAUUGUGAAAUAAGUAACUUACCAAAUAGUUCAGUUAAUGACACACUUGAGCAAUCAUUUGAAGAUUCCCGUGAGUUAGUUAAACCAUUAUCAGCUAGAAGUUUACUAAAUAAUACCUGGGAAUUAAUACUUAUGCUUCCAACUAAUGAAAACUUGAAGGAAAAGUACUUAAAACUUUCAUUUAAAGAAGAUAUUGAUUGGGAUAAUAUUUUAUGCUUUGAACAAAAAUUUAUGCUUCUUUAUGUUUUGCAAAUUUUAGACAGUAUAAGUCUUCCAUUUGUUCAAAUUUCUAAUAAAGAAAAUACUAAUGGAGACUCAAGUGGAGACUCUGACUCUUCAGUUGUUGACAAAGGAUCAUCUGUGAGCAACCUUGAUUAUGCUUGGGUACAUAAAGUUUUUCAGACAGGUUUAGUAAAGCAUUUAUUGCGUUUUAUUCUAAAAGAAGAAAUAAAUCAAGAUGAGUGGUCAACUAGUUGUUUUGCUUAUAUUAUCAAACUGAUAACUCGAAUUGGAUUGGUUAGUGAUGUUGACCUUGGUCCUGUAACUAAGAAAACUUUAAGAAAAACACAUAUAUUUAGAGCACGUUAUCGAAGUACUGAAACAGAUAAUAUUGUUAUAAUCCAUCAAUUUAGCCAGGAACUGCUUGAUUUGCUUGAUGAAAACUUGUUUCAGAGGGUUAUUAAUUUUUUAUAUCAAAUAUUUGAAAGUAGUAAUGACUUAUUUACAUUAAGCAACCAAGAUGUUAGAGCUUCAGUGGUAUAUCAUUGUCUAUCUUUUUUGGUAUGUUCAGUGUCAUGUAAUGAAGAGUUACGCAAAAAGCUUCUUCAUCAUGAUAAAUUUUCAUCGUUACUGUUGCGAUUAGUUUUUUAUGCUCCACAGAGGUCUGUACGAACUGAAGGAGCGCAUGGCAUCUAUAAACUUUGUCUUUGCGGUAGUCAAGUUGGUCUAAACAAAGUUUUAAAUAUAAUGUUAAAUAAGCUUUCUGAUUUAGUCCAACUGAAAAAUAUGUCAGCUGAACAGCUGGCAAGUUUAUCUUCACAUAAAAUUACAAAUCUAAAUUACAAAGAUUAUUUUUGGUUGUUAUGUCGCUUGAUAAAUAAGUAUAAUAAAGUUGAUGGUGAAGAUGAAAUUUGCAUUCGCACUGCAAUUACUGAAGUGUCUAUGUAUAUAAAAGAAUCAAAAAGUUGUAUCGAUAAUGGAGAUUAUUGCUUAGUUGGUUUGCUUCAAGUUUGCACAGCUCUUUUGCAACAUGAUACAGAUUUUAAAUUACUUCCAGAAGGUUUUGGUUUAAUGCAAAAUGUCUUUAGUAAGAUUUUAUUUAAUCUUCCCUCCUCUAUUAGUGAGAUACAAGAGCCGCAUCAUGAAGCAAAAGGUUCUCGUCUUGCAGCUUAUGAACUUCUGCUUCAGUUAGUUAGUGGUUGUAAAGAAAUGUAUUUAGAACUUCUUACUUUUUUUAUUAAACAUCACAGACCAAAUGAGAAAAAUAAAAACCAUUGUUCAUAUGGGUGGAAUUAUUGGCCAUAUGAGCAAGAAAGAUCAUCUGUUGGUUAUGUAGGAUUAAUCAAUUUAGGUGCUACCUGUUAUAUGGCAUCAUGUGUACAACAGUUGUUCAUGAUACCAAAAGCAAGAUCCGUUAUUUUGAAUGAAGAAAUAACAUCUCAAACUAAGCAUUCAGCAAUCUUAAAAGAAGUUCAAAAAAUGUUUGCAUAUCUUCAUAGCAGCAUUCGAAAAGCAUAUAAUCCAAAACUAUUUUGUCGCACAUAUACAAUGGAUAAACAACCUCUUAAUACUUGCGAGCAAAAAGAUAUGACUGAAUUUUUUACUGACUUUGUUUCCAAGUUAGAAGAAAUGGGACCUGAUCUGAAAGAGCUAAUGCGUGAGCUGUUUUGUGGUGUAAUUACAAAUAAUGUUAUUUCACUGGAUUGCUUACAUGUUAGUAAAACAGAAGAAGAAUUUUAUUCAGUACGCUGUACAGUUGCUGAUAUGAAAAACCUUUAUGAGUCAUUAGAUGAAGUUACUGUCAAAGAUGUAUUAGAAGGUGAUAACAAGUAUACCUGCUCGCAAUGUAAUGAUAAAGUUCGAGCUGAGAAAAGAGCAUGUUUCAAGACAUUGCCAAAAGUUUUAUGUUUUAACACAAUGCGCUAUACUUUUAACAUGGUAACUAUGAUGAAAGAAAAAGUAAAUACUCAUUUUUCAUUUCCUAUGAAACUUAAUAUGGCUGCAUACACUGAAGAUUAUCUGCUUAUCAAAAACUGCGAUGGAGAUCCUGAUGACAAUCCAAGUCACUGGUAUAAUCUAGCAGGGGUAGUUGUCCACACAGGCACUGCUGAUGGUGGUCAUUACUAUAGUUUUAUUCGUGACAGAUGUUCAAAAGAAAAUAAUUGGUAUUUAUUUAACGAUGCUGAAGUAAAAACAUUUGACCCUAUGCAAAUUGCUGCAGAAUGCUUUGGAGGCGAAAUGACAACAAAAACGUUUGAUGCAAUGACUGAGAAGUAUAUGGAUUUUUCAUUUGAAAAAACGCAUAGUGCAUACAUGCUCUUUUAUGAACACUGUGAAAUGGAUAAAGAGAUUCAAACAAGUCACAUUAAUUUACCUAAAGAUCUACAAGAGUUAAUUAGUGAAGACAACCAUCAGUUUCUGCAAGAUAAACUUGUAUUUGAACCAAAUUAUUUUAGUUUUUUAUGGCAGUUUUGUAAUAAUAUCCCUAAAACUUUAUCAGUUUCAGUUACCUUUCAUGUUACAAAGUUAGCCAUCUCUUUUUUGCUUGAAACUCUUGUCCAUUCUCGUGAAAAACCUCAUAUAAAAAAUUGGGUAGAACUUAUAGUGCAUGGUUUUGAUAAUUCACAAAGUGCUUGUGAAUGGUUCUUAGACUCUAUGACACAGGAUGAUUGGUGGCUUCAGCAGAUGUUUGUGAAAUGUCCUGCUCAACAUCUUCGACAAAUGUUUGGUCACUUGUGUUUAAUUCCAAUAAAAAAUUUGAGAUCUUCACAAGUAUAUUUUUAUACAAUGAGCACAGAAGAAGGAAUAUCUGAUGAGGACGAUAUUGGCUCUUGUUCACCAAUCACAAGAUUUAUCAAAGCUAUUUUGAUACUACUUGAAGAUAUUCCACGUGGUUAUUGUAAAAAUUUAGCUGAACUAUUCCACUUUAUGUAUCAAUUUCUAUCCUUUGGUCAUGAAGAGUGUUCAUUUUUACUGCAAAUAGAUGCCAUAACAAUGUUGGUUCAAUUUUAUAGUUGUCUAAAAGCAAAUGAACCUUCAGAAUCAAUAGCUGAAGAAGAGGAAGAACUAGAUUUAGAAGAUGAAGAUAUAUUAUCAAUGUUUCCUGAGGAUAAGUUUUAUCCAAAUGCAUUAGAGAAAAUGAUUGGCUCAAUUGCUUUAUUAGUAGAAGCUGCUAGGGAUGGUCCGGAACUACAUUUGUCUGAUUCAGAUUUACAGUGUUUUACAUCAACAAAAGAGGUGCCAUUCUUGUGUCAAAUUAUAAUGGAUGGUAUUAAUUUAAGACAAACAGCAAACAUUAUAUUUCAUUUAUCUUGUUACAAUCAACAAAUGGCAGAAAUGAUUGUGCAUCUUAUACUAUCAACUAUACAAAAGCUUUCUAUUGAUCAGUCACAAAAUUUUUUCAAAGUUUUGUCUCUAUUAAUUGAGGUAGGAGAAAAUGGUUUACCUGGAUUGCCAUCAUAUACUGCAAUUGUGCUCUCUAAAAUAUGGCAGACAGCAGAAUAUAGUCCUGCAUUAACAUUAGAUUGGAUUUCAAACCAUGUUUCAAGAAACAAAGAGAUUCAUAAGUUUGUGAUAGAGAAUAUGGAAAAAUGGGUUGAAAAAUAUCUGAUCAUUGAUCCUAAUCCAAGAAUACGUGGAGGUGCAGCAUAUUUAUUAGUUUCUCUUGUGCCAAACAUCCACUUUCCUCAAUCAUUUAGAGGGAGGUUGUUUUCAACUCCACAAAAACAAAUAAAGAUGAGUGAAGAAGCUAAACUAAUUUUGAAAAAGGUGUAUGAAUUUCUUUUAAAAAUGUUGCCGUCACUAGGAAAAUAUUGUGAUAAGUCUCACCUUGGUACAACAAGACUAGUUAACUAUUUUACACUUUUGAAUUACUGCUGUAUAUCAAAUGAUGAAAAAGCAAUGUUUACACCUUUCAGCAUUGAUUUAUGGAGAUUAUAUCAUCCACUGAUGUCUGAACCAGAUGUUUCAAUUCAUUUCAACAAGCAGGCAUUGCUGACCUUUUGGUAUCAUGCUUGUGAAAAUUUUGAAGACAAUGUUAAGUUCAUCACAGAAACUCGUGAUGUUGCAUUCAAUAUUGCAUACAACUACAUUUUGUCAAAUGAUGAUCAGGAGGUAAUUUCGUAUAACAACUCUACACUUCCAAUGUAUUAUGGGCUUUUAAGACUUGCUUGUAAUUAUUCAAAACAGUUUUGCAAAACUUUAUCAGUCCAUCCUAACAUGACAUGGGCAUUUGAACAUUUAUUGCCAAGAGCUAAUCAUUAUCCACAGGUGAUUGAAGAACUUUUGAAUUUGAUAAAACUUUUUUGCGGUUCAAAAUACACAUCAAAUGAAGAUCUCGUGUUAGCAUCAACUUUUAAAACAAAAACAAUAGAACUUGUUUGCAGUUCAAUUGAAGGUCAUAAUGCUUGGAUGACCCUUGUUAAUGUACUUCGGGUGUUGAUUACUUCAAAAGAAGAUUGUUUACAUGUGGUUUACAGUAAUGGUUUAAAUCCACUUGGCGAAGCUUUUUGUACACUUCAUCUCAUGUACUAUGAAGCCACUGCAUGUAAUAUAACAAAUGAUAUUCUUGAAGUUACAAAUCUUUUACAAACAGUACUUGGGUAUUGCCAAUCUCACAUAUCUGACAUAGAUCCAUUAUAUAAAGUUUUGCAUUCUUGGGAAGAUCGAGCUGAUGUAAUGAUAAAAGCAUUGUCGAUGUUAAAUUCAUUUGUUGCAAAAGAAAUACAAAAAUCUUGUUUAGAUUUACUUCAUGAGUUAUUGCAAACAUACCCUGAAGAAUUUAUAGAAACAGUUGCCCCCAUUAUUCAUCAGUCACAUCUUGCAAUAAGAAUGACACCACAAGAAAACUUUCAUUUUGGACCCCAUUUUCCCAAACCAGGUACUCAAACUAAGGUUAAUCGAAAAUUAUCUUCAUUGAGACCAAAAGAACCAGAAUUGAAUAUGACACUUCAUCCUCAUAUUAUUGAAUCUUUUUCAGGAGAUGCUGAUGGCGCAUAUAAAAUACAGUUAUGUGAUUACUUUCAUGGCUACCAUUUUUUUGUUGAUAAAAUGUGUCGUUAUGGAUUAAAUGCUGAACCUAUUUCUACAAUUAUUAUUGAAAUAAGUUGUUUGUUGGCUGUUGAAAUGCUUCCAUUGAAGUUUCAGUUCUUUCCUAAACUUUGGCAAGAGGUUUGGAGUAAAUCUUCAGAGAAUACAAAGUUUCGAAGUUGCAUUCAUACUUUAUUUACAUGUGAUUCAUUUCUAGAGUUUAUGGAUGCACUUUUUACUGAAGAGCGUAUAUUAUUUGAUGACUCUGUGUAUUAUACUUUUGCAUGCAUAUUUUUUCCUAAGGUUUAUAGUAAAGUCUUGCCUGAUCAUCAAAGACAAAACUUACUUAAUUCAAUUGCUUUGUCAAUGAUUGCUGAAGCUACAAAUAUUAAGCAAAUGGGAAAUGUUGAAUUUGAAAGAGUAUUUCCUAAAUUACAUGGGGAUUUACGGGCAUUAUCUUUGUUGAUGUCUGUUACAGAAACUAAUGAGUUGACUUCAACUACCUCACUUGAGGAGUAUGUUAAUAGUUUAUUGGAACGACACAAUCAGCUAUCUUCAACUAUUCAUAUAAGAUCUGUUUCUGAUGAAAAAGAUUCUUAUAAAGAUGAGAAAGGAUCUAGUGAUACGCCUCAUUUAAAACAACAGUUGAUUGAUGAAUCAAAUAAACCCAGUGACGAGGAACCUCCUAAUAAACGAAUAAAAGGUUCUGAACCUCUACCCGGACCUUCAAAUAGUUCUCAUACAAAUAUUUCAAAUUCUGGUUCAUCUUGUAGCAGUCCUGAUUAUUCUGAUGAUUGCGACAGUUCAUCCGACGAAAAAAAAAGUUCAGACAAAACAAAAAAUAAAAAAGAAAGUGAUUGUGGCGAUGAAAAACCGUGCAUUUCAACUUCUUUUUUAAAUAAAAAAGUUGUCAAAAGUGCUCAGUUAAAAAAAGCUUGCUUGACAUUGCUUGGACUUUUAUCUCGUGGUCAAAAAAAAGAAAAGACUUUGCCGGCUGAGAUUACAUGAUAUUUUUAAUUAACUUCAAUUCAGGAAUUGUGAAAAGCUGAAUUUAAAUUUUUUAAAAAGAAUAAAAGUAUAGUUAACCUU